ACAAGGGAGGGACGGGGGGUUAGAGUUCAUUCAAAAUUUCACAACGGUGUCAGUCCUCGGAACAACAGCGCUGUGCUGAGCAGCGAGUAUUGCCGUUUCCGGGUAGUAGCGGAUAACACAGCUGCAGAGGGGAUGCAGGCCCACAGGAAGCUGGUGAACAGUGUGCAGGGCUGUGUCGAUGAGGCUCUGUGGGGGAUGGUGAGUGGCCAUGGAGGUCUGACUCUGUUGGAGGGGCAGCGCGUGGUCCUGCGCUCCGACCUGGGGGCUCUGAGGGGCCGUGUUGCCCUGGUGGCUGGGGGAGGCUCCGGCCAUGAACCCGCACAUGCAGGCUACAUUGGCAAGGGGAUGCUGUCAGGGGUCGUGGCGGGGGCGGUGUUUGCGUCACCCCCUCCUGGCAGUGUGCUGGCAGCGAUCCUUGCGAUGUGGCGGGGGGGAGCAUCAGGCGUGCUGCUCAUUGUGAAGAACUACACUGGUGAUCGGCUGAAUUUCGGGCUGGCGUUGGAGCAGGCACGAGCAAAGGGAGUGCCUGUCAGCAUGGUUGUAGUGGCUGACGAUUGUGCCUUCACUGCACCGAGCAAGGCUGGGAGAAGGGGCCUGUGUGGCACUGUGCUCGUUCACAAGCUGGCUGGAGCCCUUGCAGAGGAGGGGCGAACCCUGGAUGAAAUAGUGCAAAAAGUGAAUGAAGCAGCCCAAGGGAUCGGCACUUUGGGGGUCAGCCUGUCUCCCUGCAGUGUUCCUGGUUCUUGCCCAAACUUUGAGUUACCGCCAGGGGAGAUGGAACUGGGACUGGGAAUCCACGGGGAGCCUGGCAUCAAGAGGUCCAAGGUGGGCACUGCGGAUGAGGUAGUGAAAUUCAUGAUAGAUCACAUGACCGACCCCUCCAGCCAAUCACAUCUCCCUCUGAAAGCAGGGGACACUGUAGUGCUGGUUGUCAAUAACCUGGGUUCUCUGUCCUGUCUGGAGCUGGCCAUUGUCAAAGGCUCAGCAAUCCGCUACCUAGAGGAGCGGGGUGUAUGCAUUGCCAGGGUGAUGUCAGGCACGUUUAUGACAUCAUUAGAGAUGGCAGGGGUGUCUCUCACUCUGAUGCUGGCCAACCAGGACAUACUCAGGCUGUUUGAUGCUGAUACCACCGCCCCUGCCUGGCCCAAGGUGAGCAAUGUUACCCUAAGUGGACGGAACCGCACCAUUGGACCAACACAGGAACACACAGCAGAGCCAGAGAAUACCACCCAAGGCCCGCGCUCUGCUGUGCUGCGGCGGGUGCUGCAGGGGGUGUGUACCUCUCUCCUCGCCCAGCAGGAGGUGCUCAAUGAGCUGGACCGCGCAGCAGGAGAUGGUGAUUGUGGGAACACUCAUGCCCUUGCUGCACAGGCCAUCCAAGAGUGGCUCCAGGGACAUGUGACGCCAGACUGUCCUGGGCAGCUGCUGUCUUCUCUUGCUGGAUUGGUCCAGGAGCACAUGGGCGGAUCCUCAGGGGCGCUCUACAGUCUCUUCCUGACAGCCGCUGCUCCCCACCUCAAAGGCAAAACAGAGCUCAGUGCCUGGGCUGAUGCAGUGCAUGCUGGGAUGGAGGCCAUGAAGAGGUAUGGCGGAGCAGAGCAGGGUGACCGGACGAUGCUGGAUGCUCUGUGCCCUGCAGUGGAGGAGCUGAGUAAACUUUCCACAGUGCCUCCUGGUGGAGAAAUGGAAGUACUGCAAAGUGCUGUAGAGCGUGCGGUGUCAGGAGCGGAGAGAACACGCAAUCUCACAGCGAAGGCAGGGCGUGCCAGUUACAUCGCAGCACAGCAUGUGACCCAGCCUGACCCUGGUGCUGUUGCUGUAGCAACCAUACUGAAGGCCAUUCUCACUGCUCUGCAGGAUGAGGUGUAGGGAUAGAAGGAAGUGUUUUAUAGUCACCAGCAUCAUGCACUCUCAGUAAGAGCAGCGACCAGUCAAUCUGUGCACAUCUCCACUUAAACAUCUUAACACUAUCAGGUUACAUCAGAGCACUAGAACCUUAACACACAAAUAAUCAAGUUUGAGAUAAAAUUAUAAAAAGACAUCUUGCAGGUAGAUUAACAAAAAAUGUUAAUCCCACUACCACAGCAGGCAGCUCAUCCAUACCUUGUUACAGAGGGAGUGAAUAUCACUUUACCAGACAUACCCCUUUAACCCACUUUCUCUCUGAGCUCCCUGUCAUGAAGAGCAGCUGCUUGGUGCAGCAGUCAGGGAUUAGGAUGGUGCAAGGAUGGUCCAUUGUCUGUGUCAGUGUGCACAUGUGAUCAGAGAGAUGUACAGUAUGUGAAUUCCAGAAUGAAUAUUACAGCAAACAUUUCCCAACAGUCUAGAAUGAGAGCUAUGUAUUUUCAUGCUCCUAAUACCAGUGUGAGUAUCCUUCAUAAAGAGUAUUAAUCUACUACA